UCUACUAUUACUAUACCGCUGGAUGGCACAGUGGAGUGGGAAGACGAUUGCCGUCAGCCAUCCAACAGCGAUACUGCAUUGGCUUCACGGCACACAGUGAUUCACGUACACACCCGGCCGAUAGUCGUAACUCGUGUUCCAGAGACUAAACCGAUACCAUUGUGUACGCUAUAGGCACAAUAUAUUAUCAUAAUAAUAUAUUGAAAUUCACAAAUCCGCUGUUAUCAUCGUUAUCGUUUGGUAUUUGAAUUUCAGUACGUUACACAUACUAUCACCUAUUAUAAACCGUUGUUUCAUUGAUCGUUUUUACAAAUCGCGAAUUUCUACUGUGUUUUGGUACAAUACAUUUUGAUUUUAAGAUGGGAGAUAUUCUACAAUUUUUCGACAGUAUUCCAAUUGGUAGCCCGGAAGAGUCUGUGCUCAACUCCAUGAUGUACGAAUUUUUUCGCUACAGGUGUUUCAAGAACAUAACGCAGAGAGAAGCGAUAAUCGAAAUUAUGAAGAGAGAUUCCGACGUGAUUGUGUCGUUGCCGAAGGGAUAUGGAAGAACGAUGUGUUUUCAACUCCCUGUAAUUGUCUCCAUACAGAAGGUAUCCAUCGUUUUUGUUGCCCUCACGUCACGGAUUAAAGUGCAAAUCGAACGGUUGAAAAACAAAAAUAAUUAUGUAGAAGUAUUGAGUUCAAAAACCACGGCAGAUCAAUGGUCACGUAUAUUUAAUAAUAUAUACAAAUUUUGUAAUAUGUUAAGUUCGAAAAAUACAGUGCUUUAUAUGACACUAGAAUUGGCAUCAAGCUUUUUUUUAAUGCAUUUAAUGCAGUAUCUUGUUUUAAAUAAUGAAUUGGGAUUCAUUGUGGUAGAUGAGGCAUAUCAUGAAAAUUAUUGGUCAUUAGGUCAAUCCAAGGAAUAUAAUGGAUUAAGAAAACUUAGAAAAACAUUUCAAAGCGUUCCCUGGAUUGUUACAACAGCAGAUGGCAGUACUGAAGUUAUUAAUCGCAUCAAGACCACAUUGUGCCUUCAUACUCAUAGACCUGAUUUGCCUAAAGAUUCAAUAUCAUGCUAUGGCUUCUUUAAAGAUGAUGUAUGCCUCGACCGUUAAUCAACUAUACGUAAAAUGUUAAUUCAAAAUGAUAAGAAGUAAUAAUUAAUAAUUUUUACCACGUAUAAAGCUAUUUCAGUUUUUAAGUCAAUAUUUUUAAUU